CGUCCAAGCCCAACACAUGAUGAUGCCCGCGCUCCGGCUGCUGCUGCUGCUGCUCGCGCUCGCCAUUGCCCGCUGCGCCGCCGAACCGCCGCAGCGGGAGCGCGCGGCUCUCCGGGCCUUCCUCGCCGGCACGCCGCACGAGCGGGCGCUCGCCUGGAACGCCUCCACGCCGGCCUGCGCCUGGGUCGGCGUCACCUGCGACGCCGCCAACGCCACCGUCGUCCAGCUCCGCCUCCCGGGCGUCGGCCUCGUCGGCCGCGUGCCGCAGGGCACGCUCGGCGCGCUCCGUGGCCUCAGGGUGCUCUCCCUCCGCGCCAACCGACUCUUCGGCGACGUCCCCGGCGACCUCUUCUCCCUCCCCGAGCUCCGCGCACUCUUCCUGCAGGGCAACCUCUUCUCCGGCGCCCUCCCGCCCGACGUCGCCAAGCUCACGGCGCUCGAGCACCUUGCGCUGUCGCACAACAACCUCUCCGGCGCCAUCCCGUUCGCGCUCAACGGCCUCGCUGGCCUCCACUCGCUCCGGCUGGACGGCAACCGCUUCUCCGGCAGCCUCCCGAGCUUGACUCUCCCGCUGCUCGAGUUCUUCAACGUCUCCUACAACCAGCUGAACGGCUCCAUCCCCACCUCGCUCUCCCGCUUCCCGCCGGAGUCCUUCGCCGGCAACCUCCAGCUCUGCGGCAAGCCCCUGAACCGGUCGUGCGAGCCCUUCUUCCCGGGGUCACCUGAACCCUCUCCUGGCACCCCGCCGGAUGGCGGCGGCGGUCACUCCCUGCCAGUGCCACAGAGGAGAAAGAAGAAGCUCUCCGGGGCGGCGGUCGCGGCCAUUGCCGUGGGCGCCGGGGCGGCGGCUCUGCUGGCCCUGGUGCUACUCGUGGCGUGCGCCGCCGUCUCGAGGCGGCGACAGGCGAACGGCGAGGGUGCGAAAGCGACAGCAGCGACGCCGAGGGGCCUGACGCCGCCGUCGACGGCGUCGGGGGAGCUGGGCGAGCUGACGUCGACGACGUCGAAGGAGAUCGCGGCGGCAGCGGCGGCGGCGGCGGGCGCGGAGAGGAGCCGGCUGGUGUUCGUGGGGAAGGGGGCCGGGUACAGCUUCGACCUGGAGGACCUGCUGCGGGCGUCGGCGGAGGUGCUCGGGAAGGGGAGCGUGGGGACGUCGUACAAGGCGGCGCUGGAGGAGGGCGCGACGGUGGUGGUCAAGCGGCUGAAGGAGGUGGCGGCGUCGCGGCGGGAGUUCUCCGGCCACCUCGACUCGCUGGGCAAGGUGGAGCACCGCAACCUCCUCCCCGUGCGAGGCUACUACUUCUCCAAGGACGAGAAGCUCCUCGUCUGCGACUACGUCCCCGCCGGCAGCCUCUCCGCCAUGCUCCACGGGAGCCGGGGCACCGGGAGGACGACGAUGGACUGGGACGCGCGGAUGCGCGCGGCGCUGUCGGCCGCGCGCGGCGUGGCGCACCUGCACGCGGAGCACAGCCUCGCGCACGGCAACGUCAAGUCAUCCAACCUCCUGAUCCGGCCGGACCCCGACGCCGCCGCGCUCUCCGACUACUGCCUCCACCAGCUCUUCGCCCCGUCGUCGGUGCGCCCCAACGCCGGCGGGUACCGCGCGCCGGAGCUCGUGGACACGCGGCGCCCGACGUUCAAGUCCGACGUGUACGCGCUCGGGGUGCUCUUCCUCGAGCUCCUCACCGGCAAGCCCCCCGGGACCGCGUCCGUGGACGGCGACGGCGCGGUGGACCUCCCGCGGUGGGUGCAGUCGGUGGUGCGCGAGGAGUGGACCGCCGAGGUGUUCGACGCGGAGCUGGUGCGGCUCGGCGGGGGCGCGGAGGAGGAGAUGGUGGCGCUGCUGCAGGUGGCCAUGUCGUGCGUGGCCACCGCGCCGGACGCUCGGCCGGACACCGCCGAUGUCGUCAGGAUGGUCGAGGAGAUCGGCAGCGGGCACGGGCGGACGACGAAGGAGGAGAGCGAGGGCAGGGGCGCGUCGGAAGAGGAGCGGUCGAGGGGGACGCCGCCGGCAGGCACGACGCCGUGAAUACUCGAUGGAGUAAAUUCAUGCACAGCUUCGUUCGUCGCAAAGUUUUCUCUUUUACUACGUACUUCUUUUUUUAAAAUCUCUUCAGCUUUUAGUCUCUCUCGAGUAAUCUUCCACAGUAUUGUUUUGUCGAUCAAAUGAGUAAUGAGUUCAUGUUCGUUCCUCCAGCCAAGUGUAAUUUUCAGUCCAUUUUUACCACUACCAUUGUAGGUAGUAUUGUGAUCAUCUCCGUUUAGAUGCUGUGAAGUAGUACUAGAAUGCAGUCUGACACAUGAAUUAGAAAACAGAACACAUGUGUGAAGUGAAUACUGAGGCAUUGUUUAGUUUUUAAUUUUUUUUCCAAAAAUAUCACAUCGAAUUUUCGAACACCUAAAUAAA